AUGAGGGGUAUGGAAAUAUCUGAUUAUCGGAUUGAUGGUCCCGAUCAGUUGCGAACGAAAGAUUUGGCUACGGAGUUGAAAAAUCCGAAUUUCAAAGAAGCAAUCGUCAAUUUCUUCAUUCAACACUGGGCUGAAAAUCACAUGGCACCUUAUAUGAAUAAUAAAGAGAUUUAUAUCAACUGUGAAUCAUGUUAUAAAUAUCAAGUGAACGAUGGAAAAAUUGUCAAAACGUUGGAGCCGUCAUUGACGUGCCCCGCGCACGAGGAGGCGGACACCAAAAUGAUUUUUCACGUUUCUCAGUUGAAGUUCGAUGCGAAUAUUACAAUUCGUUGCUCUGAUACAGAUGUGUUAAUCAUCAUGCUCGGUAAUAUGUCUCAAAUACGUUACAACCAUCACAUUCAUAUGGAAGUUGGUACCGGCAAUCACCAUCGCUUUAUUGACGUUACGAAAUUAUUCGACACUCUUGGAAAAGAUGUGAGCGAAGCGCUGCCUGCCUUCCAUGCUUUUACCGGGUGCGACUUCAAUCCAUCAUUUUUCCGCAAAGGAAAAAAGCGACCGCUGGCAAUAAUGAGAGAAAGUUCUCGCUUCAUUGAAGCAUUCACACAAAUGUCGAUGCCAUCGCAUGAGAAGAGUGAACCUUUUAAAGUGAUUGAAGAGUAUAUCUGUGCUGUGUACGGAUUUAAAACAUUACAAAAAGUUAACCAGGCAAGAGAAGCAACUUUUCAUAAAAAUUACAAAAUUGGUAGAAAUGACGUCUUUGAGUUGCCGAAAACAAAUAUUGAUGGGUCAAGUCUACCGCCGUGCCAAGCUGAAUUAGUCAAUCAAUUUUCAAGAGCAUGUUACAUAUCCGAAACAUGGGCACAUGCACACUUAAAAGUGCCCAAUGGAAAUGAUCCAUCGGAAUAUGGAUGGACACAAGUCAAUGAUACUUUUAGGUACAUCUGGUUUACUGGAAGACAGUUACCAGUUUCUGUCGAUGACAUCACUAUGCAGCCUGAAGAAGAUAACAUUAGUGAUGAUGAUGACCUAAUAUCACAGGCAAGCUCUGAUAGUGAGUCUGAAUGCGAUGAUCAAGAUAACGAUAGUUGUACCAGUCACAGUGAAGAUGAAAUUGAUGAUGAACAGUGA